CGGGAUAGGAUUUGUACUUCCGGGUUGGUGGGUGACCUUGAGGCUCCAAAAGCGAGAUGGCGACUAUCUCGAGGCUGAGUGUCCUCUGCGGUGCCCAGGGAUCGCGAGGUCUGUUUCUUCGGACUUCGGUGGUCAAGCCUGCUCAUGUCUCAGCGUUUCUCCAAGACCGACUCGCCCCAGGGUGGUGUGGGACACAGCACUUCCACCUGUCACCGAGCCGCCACUCUGGUUCCAAGGCCGCCUCUCUGCACUGGACGAGUGAGAGAGUAGUCAGUGUUUUCCUCCUGGGCCUGCUUCCGGCCGCAUAUUUGAACCCGUGCUCUGCAGUGGACUACUCCUUGGCUGCAGCCCUCACUCUCCACAGUCACUGGGGUCUUGGCCAGGUUGUCACUGACUAUGUUCAUGGAGAUGCAUCGCAGAAGGCUGCCAAGGCGGGCCUUUUGGCACUCUCGGCUUUAACCUUUGCUGGGCUUUGUUAUUUCAACUAUCAUGAUGUGGGCAUAUGCAAAGCUGUCGCCAUGCUGUGGAAGCUCUGAUCUUUGGACCUAAUACCUUAAGAGUUGAUUGUAUGCCUCUUUGCCUCUGCUCUGUCACGCCAUUCAGCUCACAGUAAGCAAAAAAUAAUGGAGAAGUCCAUCGGUCCUUAUCAGAUGGUCAUUUUUACACUUCAACUUUGAGGAAAAAGUUUGAGAGGAAUUGUACCCAAGAAGUAGUGAGACCGAGUUCUGUGUUUUGGUGAGUUAAUGGGAUUGUCUCCCAGCUCACAAGACUCAGAGUGUAAAUGAACAUUACCUAUGAGCUCUUGCCUUUUAAUUUAUCAGUCUUUUAAAGAGAAUUCAGCUUUAUUACUAUCAAUACAUGGUCAUACUUUUGUAUUUUUCUUGGGAAUAAUAGACAAAGGGAAAGAUUUAAUUCAUGAGUAAUCAAACACGUUGCAGAAAAUCAGACAGUGUUUAAUUUUUGGAAAUGUCCCUGACUGUUCAGUUGGUUCAAGAUAAUGAUGAUUUUUUUGUGUCCUAGAGAAACUUUGAAAUUAGGAAAUGCUGAUAUUAGGGAUUUCUGAAUACUAGGAAGGAAGGCUUGGAGAACUUCUGAGUUUAGAGGCCCAUUUAGGGAAGAGAUUUUUGCAGAUGAGUCAGAGUACUACCAAUUCCAAACAGAAUUAACUCUCAAAUGUGUUUUACUUGUUCUAAAACAAUCUGUCCACAAAUAUAAAACUGUAAGUAAUAAAGUAAUAAAUUACCUUCCUGUUGUGGGAAUUGCUAAUGAGAGAAUGUAUUCUGUGAAAAGAAACAUUUUUUUAAAAUAAAAGGUUGUAUAAUAAAAAAA